AUGACCCGCAAAGAGGCUGUAACCAUAGGCCCGAAGAUUCCAGUUUGCCAAGGCGGCCUCCCCUCUUUGAGCGAGCCCAAUGGAUGGUGCGCCCGCUCGAUUGGCCUGGCCCGAUCCUUCGAAUUGCGGAUUUACGAUAUGGUGGAGAAGAUGCCGACUACGUCGAGUGUGUCGAAUGGCACGAAGAAAGCGAGUCCGCCGCUGAAGAAGCAGGCCACUGAUAAGGAUCUUGAUGAUUAUUUUAUUGGACCGCGUGAUCUUGAUCAUCAUUCAAAAUGGCCCAUGUUUGUUCGGCUUCAUGGCAGCGUCACGCCGGAAAUGAUAUUGCCUUUGCUCUUUGUUGGCGGAUGGGCAACAGCAAUCACUUGUAUUUCGAAAUUCGUCCAUGACUUGGGUAUCAACCAGCUGCUUCUCACGGUCCUUGGUUUCGUCGUCGGUCUCGCACUGAGCUUCCGCAGUUCCACAGCCUACGAGCGCUACAACGAGGGACGAAAAUACUGGGCCCAGCUCACAUUCAUCUCCCAGAACCUCGCGCGCCUGAUCUGGAUCCAUGCGGAUGAACGGCAUGCAAAGGACGUGGCGACGGGGAAGAACGAUCUGCUUGCCAAAAUCAGCUGUCUGAAUCUAAUCGCAGCCUUCGCCGUGGCACUCAAGCACAAGCUGCGCUUCGAACCAGGCAUGCACUACGAAGACCUCGAACACAUUGUCGGCCACCUAGACACGUAUGCAAAAGCAGCCGAACAGCCCGUCCGCAAGCGACAGAACAUGUUCAAAAAAACGGGCAACUACCUGGGCGUGCCCAUGGCCGAGGACAAUCCUCGCAAACUGCUCAAGCGCGCCCGCGUCCCGAUUGGCAAUCUCCCGCUCGAAAUCCUCUCCCAUCUGUCGGCAUACAUGAAGACCAUCUACGACAACGGCACCUUCAAAGUCAGCAUCUACCAGACGCAAUCCCUCAACGCCCUGACCACCAUGAACGACGUCCUCACCGGCACAGACCGAAUCCUCAACACCCCGCUCCCAAUUGCCUACUCCAUCGCCAUCAGCCAAAUCACAUGGGUCUACAUCCUCCUCCUGCCCUUUCAACUCUUCAAAAGCCUCGGCUGGGUCACCAUUCCCGCCUCCAUCUUCGCCGCCUACAUCAUCCUCGGCAUCGCCCUCAUCGGCCGCGAAAUCGAAAACCCGUUUGGCGACGACGUCAACGAUCUCCCUCUCGACGCCUUUUGCGAGCAAAUCCGCAAGGACCUCGACAUCAUCAUGUCGCGUGCGCCUCCCCUCAGCGACGACUUUGUCCCCCACCAGGCUAAUCUGCCGCUUUAUCCGCUGUCGCAUCUCGGCAGCCCGGCCUGGGCCCAGCGGUCUGUGGAUGAGAUUCGCGAGGCGUUGGCGGCGAAGCCCGGAUUGCAUUAUCCCAUGUCGGAGCAUAAUGAGCAUCCCAAGGCGCAGCAUGCGGAUCAGCAUCAUCAUCGGAGGGCGGAAGCUGCAGAUGAUGAUGCGGAGAAGGGCGAGGCGGGUCACGGGGGGAAUGCUGCUGCUGGGGAUGGCGGAGACUGA